GUUUGUCGAAAGGAAGAUUGUUCACCAUUUGAUAUCGGUACCGAGUACAGAGUCAUCGCCUCGUUUACCGAUGCUGAAAAGUUUCGGUCUAUUGAAAGCGUCUGAAAGCCAGAUCGAUUGUUCGAGUUCCCCGCGUCAAAAGAAACCUCUGGAAAGCAGCGAAAGUUUCGACAGGAAUAGCUCGCGAAAUACCCUUGGCCGAAAAGUUGUUUAUUCCAAGUACUUGGAUGGCGCGUUAUGUUUGCCUUGUGUCUGUUUCGGAAUGAAGUGUGGCAAAAAUGGUGCCAAACUGGACUAGCUGUUUCGAUCGCCGCUUACGUUUUGGACGACGGCGCGUGGAAGGUUCGACAGCCAUGCAAGCGUAAAGUCAGAAAUUCAUAUAUUUUCUGUUAUGGUUAUGCAGAAUUUCUUGGCUGCAAUGAGAAGGCAAACCGCCGGCACCCUAAUUGAUCAGCAGUUAAAUCGAUGAAAAUCUGGAGAAAAUUAAAUCGAUUGUGAAAACUGUAAUUUUUUGUGGUCAAAACGACAUUCCGUUGAGAGGAAAACGAGAUGACAACCCUACAUGA